ACGAGUUUCUUUGAUAUUUCAUUUUUCCGGCGACACAAAAAGAAAAGAAAAAAGGCUACGAAUUUUCAGUUCCAACCAUUUUGCGAUGGCUCUACUCUCUUCAACUUCACGCGCUCCUCUCGUCUUCCCUCAAAACCCUAAACCUCUUUCUCUCUCUUCUCUUCACUUUCGAAUCUCUCUCUCUCCUCGCUCUCCCAGAUUCCCUACUCUUCGCUUCAUCUCCGCCGUCGGCGACACCGGAGACGCCGAUAAACCAUCCGCCAAGAUCACCGACGAGUGGGGCGAGAAAUCCGAACCCGAACCCGAACAGUCCACAUCCUCUAAGCUUCCAGAUUCGGAUCCUUCCAAGGAUGAUGAUGAAUGGGAAGAAGGAAAGGGAGAUGAUGCCGGUGGAUAUAUCGACGCCGGGAAUGGAACUCCGAUAUCUGCUACUGAAGCUUCGACGGAGGAGGGAGUGAAUGAAACGCUGGAGGGGCUGAAGCGUGCUCUUGUUGACACUGUCUAUGGGACUGAGCUUGGCUUCCGAGCCGGGUCAGAGGUUCGAGCUGAGGUGACCGAGUUGGUGACUCAGUUGGAAGCUGUGAAUCCCACACCUGCUCCGGUGGAUGAACUUGACCUUCUGAGUGGAAAUUGGGUGUUGCUGUACACAGCAUCUUCCGAACUGUUGCCUCUUUUAGCAGCAGGAUCAUUACCUUUGUUGAAAGUGGAUAAAAUAACGCAAACAAUUGAUAUUGAUAGCUUCACAAUUAUAAACUCCACAACAUUGUCUAGCCCAUUUGCCUCAUUGUCUUUCAGCGCAUCUGCCUCAUUUGAAGUUCGAAGCCCUGCAAGAGUACAGGUUACAUUCAAAGAAGGAUCACUACAACCUCCAGAGAUAAAGUCUAGAAUUGACUUACCAGGAAACAUAGACAUUUUUGGCCAAAAGCUUAGCCUAGGGCCUCUGCAACAAUCUCUCGGUCCUCUGGAGAAUGUGGUGGCAAACAUAUCACGUGCAAUUUCAGGUCAGCCACCUCUUAAGAUUCCCAUACCGGGUGAGAGGACAAGUUCAUGGCUUCUUACCACAUAUCUUGAUAAGGAUUUGCGAAUAUCAAGGGGAGAUGGCGGUCUGUUUGUCCUUGCAAGAGAAGGGAGUCCCCUUCUUGAUCAGUAGGAAAGUAAUAAGAUUUACCUUUUGAUAAUCCGCACCCCAUUUCCCUCUGCCCACCCAAAAUGUGAAAGGUAUAAUCACAAUGUAUCAUUUUUUACCUUCUCUAACUUUUGUAUAUUCAAAAGGAUACAGAGCUUAUGUUGUCAAAAUGUAAUUCUACCAUCUAUAAAAUUUCGGAGAGAAGCAAUAAGCAUUGUUGGUUGUUUUGUUAUA